UACUAUAAAGAAAAUUAUACAAAUAUCCAGUAAAUAAUAAAUAUAUUUAUUAUUUAAAAUAAACAACUAAUUUCAGAAUUGAAUAUGUUUUGGUUGAUGUUCCUAGUGUUGAUUGUAGCAGCGAUUCACGUAAAUGCCAAAUAUGCAUCACCCUGUCUCACCCCAGAUCAACAGCCUGGAUUCUGUAUGCCAGUCAAAUCGUGUAAAACAGUUUAUGAUUUUUUUACACGAAUCAGCCAAACUGGUGAAAUUAUUUCAGAGCACGAUAAAUCAAAAUUAGCUUCAUUGCAUUGUGGAACAUUUAAAAAUGUUGCACAUGUUUGUUGUCAUGAAAGCGAAAUUCAAUUAAAUGCUGAAGGAUUGAAUAUUUUAAAAGAUACUACAUGUGGUGUUUAUUUAGUAAAUACAGUAGCAAAUGGUCUGAACGCAUCACUAUUUCAAUUUCCUUGGAUGGCUUUAUUGAAAUAUGAUGAUCCCGUUGAUCCCUUCAAAUGUGGUGGCACCUUAAUAAGUGAUCAAUAUAUCUUGACAGCGGCUCAUUGUGUUAAGGGAAGAGAACAUUUUCUUAAAGCAGUUCGUUUGGGAGAGUUUCAGAUUAGUACUCCAGUCGAUUGCACAAAUGUUAUCAGAAAAAAACAGUGUGCUCCACCCGUGGAAGAUGUUGAAAUUGAAGAAGUGAUAAUACACGAAAAUUACCAAAGUAUAUACAAUGAUAUAGCACUAAUAAGAUUAAGGCGUAAAGUGGAAUUUAAACGUCACAUCAAACCAAUUUGUCUUCCGAUUUAUGAAAAUCUACGCACGAAAGAGCAUGAAAAUUAUGUACUAACAGGAUGGGGUAAAACCGAAAAUGACACAACUUCCGAUGUUUUAUUGACAGCUUUUGUACCCAGAGUAAAUCGUUUGGAGUGUGAAAAUCAGUUGCGUGAAUAUAAAUUACGUCAUCCCUUAAACGAUGGACAUGUUUGUGCAGGCGGCCGAAACUUAGUUGAUUCAUGUCGUGGCGAUUCUGGAGGACCUUUGGGUUAUCGAGAUUUCUAUGACAAACGACCACGUUUUAUACAAUUUGGAAUCGUUUCUAUAGGUGUAAACAAAUGUGGAGUUGUCAAUAUACCAGGAAUUUAUACAAAUAUAUCGCAUUAUAUACAAUGGAUAACGGAUAAUUUAAAAGAAAACUCUGGAAUAGCAUUUAUCCAAAGAUCUGAUAAUCAAGAGGAAUCUUGCACUACACCAGCAUUGGAAAAUGGUUUUUGUGUUCCGUAUAAGGAAUGUCCAUACGUAAGGGAAUUGACACAGAAUUAUGGCAGUACUGAAGCAAUUCCCAAGUAUUAUUUAAAUUAUAUAUUUAAGUCAAAGUGUUCGCGUGGUAAUGAACCAAUACGACUUUGUUGCAAAUUGCCAAAUAACUAUGUUAAACCGACUAUGGCAACAGUAAACCAAGAAGUCACACCAUCUAAUACUGAUCCUAGACUAACUGAAGAUCUUGACUAUAAUAAAGAUUAUAAUUCACAACUUAAUGCUCAAGGAUUAAAUAUCCUUAACGGAUUAAGCUGUGGCAGUUCUGGAGGAGAUCGUGUGGCCGGUGGCAAUGAAACAGAUUUAGCUGAAUAUCCAUGGAUGGCAUUAUUGCGCUACGAUGCACCGGGUGAUGAGUUUAAAUGUGGUGGAUCAUUGAUAUCCAGCCGUUAUGUUUUAACCGCCACACACUGUGUUAACAAAGGCAUAUAUCCUGUAAUUGGUGUACGUUUGGGUGAACAUGAUCUGUCAACAAAUCCUGAUUGCCGAAGAAAAGGCCGGAAAAAUGUAUGCAGUCCAGUGGUGGAAGAUUUUGGAGUAGAAAAAAUAAUCACUCAUCCCAAAUAUAAUGAAAGAAGGCGCAUUAAUGAUAUUGCCUUGGUAAAGUUGGACCGCAAUGUAGAUUUCAAAAGACAUAUUAAGCCUGUAUGUUUGCCCAUAACAAAGCCAUCUUAUGAAACGACUACAAAUAAAUUUACCAUAGCUGGUUGGGGAGCUACUGAAAACAGCACUAGAUCGUCAAUACUUUUAAAAGCAGAGGUUUUAGGACAAUCCCGUUCAGUGUGCCAAAAUGUAUUUUCGUCAUUUUCAAUCGAUAUAAAUCUAAAACAUAUUUGUGCUGGUGAUUUGAAAACGGGUCGUGACAGCUGUAGGGGAGACAGUGGUGGUCCACUAGUUGGUUUUAACACCUAUUCGGAUGUCAAACGUUUUAUACAAUACGGCAUUGUGGCAUCGGGCGGUAUAGCCUGUAAUCUAGAGCAAGGCUUUCCUGGUAUUUAUACAAAUGUUUUAACCUAUUUGCCCUGGAUCACAAAUAACAUUGUUGGUUAAUUAACAUAAGUAGUUCGCACUAGUAGUUUAAGAUUUUAUUUUUAAGUAAUUUGAGUAUUUCACAAUUUUAUAUUCCCAUACAUAAUAAUUCAUAUGUAAGUAAUCGUAGUUAGAGAUAAACAGUUUAUGAAAUUAUACAUACAUAAAAUGAAUUUCAACAAACAAAUAAAAAAAAUUAACAAAAA